UGGCAACUCUGCCAGAAACAACAAUAACAAAACAGUCUGCGUGGACAAAAACAUUGAUUAAAAAUGAAUGAGUCCGAGAUCCCCAUCGACAUACACACGCUGAAGCUGCAGGAUUGGCUGAUCUCCCGAAGAAUUGUUCCCAAAAAUGUGCAGCAGGAGGUUCGGGAAAUUCACAGGAAGAUUAGCGCCGCUCUGCAGGACAUGCCCUCCAAUGAGCAGCUGAUCAAGCUGUUGGCCAGGACAAACAUCAACUACUACCAUGUGAAGGAGAUCAUCGAGAUCCUGAAGCAGACGGAAAAGGACACGAAGAGCGUUUUCGGCACCUACGGCAGCCAGCGGAUGAAGGACUGGCAGGAGGUGAGCCGCCUGUACGAGAAGAACGCCACCUACCUGGCCGAAACGGCGCAGAUGUUCGUGCGCAACGUCAACUACGAGAUUCCCGGGCUGCGCAAGCAGAUGGCCAAAUUGGAGCAGCAGACAGAGGAGAGCCAGAAGCGGGCCCACGACCUGCACAAGCCGGAGAGCCAGCUGCUGGCCGAGCACGCCGCCCUGCUGGAGCAACUGGGCGUCCGGGGCGAUAACCUGCACUCGGAGUUCGUCGAGGUUCUGGCUGGUUUGCCCGAUCUCUAUGCCAAAUCCCUGAUCGACAUUGCCAAGAUCCAGCCGGGCAUCGAUCUGUACGCCGAGGUGGGCGGCCACAAGCAGGCGCUGCCCAUCCUCAGCCACCUGGUGGAGUUCGGCAACACCACCGUGUACCAGUACAUCCACAAGGAGGCGCCGCUGGCCGUCGAGGAGCCACCGAUUCGGUUGAAUCUCGGCGAGGGCAUCGCCAGCAAGGAUGACAAUGCCCCGCUGGAGAUUGACUUUGGAGCGGACGACAAUGGGGGCACCUCCUCCACCGUUUCGGCCGAGAUUAUCGACUACGGAGACUUUGGCAGUGGGGAUUUGCAGGAAACUGAUGGCGGCAACAUCGAUUGGGGCAUCGAAUCUGCGCCCACCGAUGCGGUGGAGAUCAACUUUGACAUCCCUGUCGAGGAAUACGGAAUCGUGGUGGAGGGAACAGGCAUGGAUGGCGGUACUGCCAAGGGUGAUCAAGCUUACACCCUGCUGGACUCGCCCAACUAUCGCGAUCGCUUCCUGGACGAAAUCUACGAGCUGGAAUCCUUCCUGCGCCUGCGCCUCUGCGAACUAAAGCAGCUAGAGUCCUCGAGCGACAUCAUGUUCUCCCUGAUGGACAACAUUGCCACCCACGAUGCGGAGAGUAUUAAGAAGAUCCUCGCCUCGGUGGAAAAAAUCAUACAACAGACCUCGGACGAGCAGACGCGGCAUCUCUUCCAGCUGAAGCACUCGCCGAAAUACGCGAAUCUGCUGGCCACCAAGCUGCAGCAGAUGACCAAGGCCGUGGAGAAGCUGCGAUCCACGCAGGAGGCGCUCAAGAAGCGAGCCAUCGAGCUGCGGGAAGAGCGGCAGCAGCUGAAUCCCGUCCUGGAGGAGCUGAUCGCCCAGACUCGCACCCUGCAGUCGCACAUCGAGAAGGAUAUCUCCAAGCGAUACAAGAAUCGGGUGGUCAAUCUAAUGGGUGGUGUUAACUAA